UCGGAUUACUGGAGAUGAUAGAGAUCACAAGUUUAUCCGCGCAAAAACUUGUUCAAUGCGGUAUGGAAAUAUGUGAUCGACAAAGCCACAAAACAUGUGUCACAAUGCCUUAUGUCAAGUAUAUCUGGAGAUCUCUGCGGCAACGAGAGACAGACUUGUCUCUGUGUUUUGGACACAACUCCAAUGCACGGGAGAGCCUUUCAUGUAUGCUAAUUGUAACAAAUGGGGUGAUGGUUUGGGUCAAAUUGGAAUAGGCAGCCCAUUGGUUGCAAAAGCUCUGACAAAGCCUGAAUAUGUUAAAGCACCACGAAAAUAGUCAUGUUGAUGCGGGAAGUCCUUCAAUGAUGGACCGUCGUCCAAAGCUUCCCCAGUUCAACUGUAAUUCGGAUCAAAUGCCGGCUUGAACCUAUCUAGAGACCUGUUGCACAGUGACUCUGUGGAUGAGUCAUGUAAAGAGCGUGCUGUCAUUCCAAGAAGUCUGUGACUGUCGACGUCCAGGCGAAGAAAGAUCGUAUAAUCCACCACUACCAUCUCCAUUUCCAAGGGUAGAUUGUACGUCAUUGACCACACUACCUACUUCCUGUAUAGCAGCUUGAUUCCAGAGCUACAACUACCGGCAAAGUGUGGCACUGACGGCCACGUCAAGUAGUUCAAGCACUGCCUAAUGACCAAGAUCAAGAAGGCGCCACCUAAGCGGCUCUCACCAGUGGCACCCAAUGUAAAAGCACUUGCGGUGAGGUUGGUGGAAUGUCCGGAAGCUGAGAUUCCGACUAUUGUAGAAGAAGUUGGACACUGGCCAUUUCCCAAGACGGACUUCUUUCAUUGGAUCCCAGUAUUGAACCGUUUUGAUGCAAUUCUGGAGUCUUUGGUGGAGGAAUAUGAUCUCAAAAACCUGCAAAACCGGCCAUUCAGUCUGGAGCAUAAAGAAGUUCUGCUGGCAAUUUUGCGCUUUAGUACGCAUCUGUGGGAGAACUGCACUAAUCGCAGCCUCUAUAACUCAUAUGAGCAUUUAAAUGAGCUGCUUCUUUCACGCGAUCUGGACGUUCUCGCCGCAACAGUCCGUCUGAUUCUGCGACCGGCGCAGCGGCUGGGGAGCCAGCGCUCCCUUAAAAAUACACUGGGAACUGCACAGGAGCGCAUAACUGUUCUCUCGCAACAUUGGGGAACGAACCAAUCUGGAUUAGACCUGGAUCAGCUGAUGGCACAUGAGCUCAGCAUACCAGCGGAAUGCAAGUCGCUUUACUUUCAAUUUUACCGCACCACCAGCCGUUCAAAUCCACCGCCCACCGAAAAUACGACACAAGAAAAUGCUUCCACUCCUUCCAAUACAUUUAAAAGUUCAGGGGGGGGCAUUGGUCAAGCCUCGGAGGGCAAACCCAGUGGUUUAACCGUCAUCUCCAUACCUGACAUAGCAAGUAGUGGUGAGAGUGAGAGAGAUAUAUUCCUGGAACUCGCCGAGCAGUACAAUGUGCCACAGGAACAGAGGUUUCCCCUGAUGCAUAAGAUUCGCCUCGCAUUGGGACUUAGCGACGUAUCUACAAGGCGGAAGUUGCUCGCUAUCCGAUUCAUGGCAAUUUCAGUACUAGUGAUACUAGGAACAGAAGAUGUGAUUCAGAGCAAGUUGUUUACGUACGAGCCGGACCUUAUCCAAAAGCUCGCCGAUAUUCUCCAAACAGAUGGUCCCGAUGCCAUCAAUAUCGAUUAUCGAGAGAUACAGACGUGCUCAAUUUAUGCUCUGGAUAGCAUGGCUCAUCACCGCGCUAGGCUCGGCGAAGUGCUGACAGCUAUCAAUGCUUCGGCCAACCAUGGGGUACUUAUGUAUAUCCUACGGAAAGUUGUAUCUUCGCUCGAUCUUGAUUUGCCCAACUAUCCACAAGAAUUCGUUGAAGCAUUGUUCGGCUUCGUUACGUACAUAGCGUCAACGCAAUCUGGCGGAAACAUGAUAAUAUCUGCCGGUGUGCUCCCUGUAUUGAUUCAGCUGAUGGGCAACAUGCGGUCAACGCAGCUUAAGUCCAUUACAAGAUGUAUUGUUUUGCUAGACAGCCUUGUUUUUGGGUUCAGCGCCUCGUUUGCCGCGUUCACGGCGGCGAGCGGACUUGACGUCUUGGUUGCCCGGAUUAAGGACGAGGUCGACUUCUGCAUUAGUUUGAAUCCUGCGCUUCGCGGCGAACAGAUGGAAAGCAUUGGCUCAGCUGAUGCUUCCAUAACGCUAGAUUUACCGCACGAAAGGACAGCUUUACUCCGUGCUCUCUUGAAGUUUGUCCUGCACAUGAUGCAAACCUCGGGGACAGCAGAUAGAAUGCGAAAUCUCAUCGACACCACGUUACCUGUAUCACUGCUUGCAAUUUUCAAACACUCGCAGUACUUUGGUGCAAGCAUCUUCGGAUUAGCCGUCAAUAUCAUGUCGACGUUCAUACACAACGAACCAACUUGCUUAACGAUCUUGCAGGAAGCUACACUUCCGCAGACACUCCUGCACGCAAUAUCACAGAGUAUCCCAAUAUCAGCAGAGGUCAUAUCCGCCUUACCUAAUGCUUUCGGAGCAAUCUGCCUAAAUCAAGCCGGACUGGAUGAAUUCAACGAAGCUAAACCAAUUGAUAAAUACCUUGAAGUUCUAACGUCCGAAGAGCAUCUGCGAACUUUGCAAGAUAAUGACGUACCUCACCUUGUGGGGAAUUCUAUGGACGAAUUGAUCCGCCAUCACCCUUCUCUUAAGGAUGAUGUCUUGUCGGCCAUCAUUAAGAUGCUGCAGAGAGUUGUUGAUAUUGGUCAAUUGAGCGCUCCCGAAGAUACAGAUGCAUCUCAACUUCAAACAAUGAAAGUAGUCAGUGAUUCUGGAAUGCAAUCUUCUGCGGAACUUAGCGAGGAUAAACGAGAUUCCCGAAUUUCGCAGUUCAUCGAUGUGGUUGCUCGGUUCCUCGAGGGUCUUUUCCAAAAUGUUGCGCACUGUAAAGACUUCAUUAAAAUGGAGGGCGUGCAGAUUUUACUGAAGUACUAUACUUUGCCGACUCUUCCAUACGAUUUCGCGUCGUCUGCGUCGUCCUAUUCCUUGUCAUAUCUCUUUCGCCUGAUGAUUGAAGUCAAUGCUUCUCAAGUUGUGGCUCAAAUGUUGAAGGAAAUUGAUGGGGCCAUUACGGGAGCGCAGCAGUUUCUAAAUCAUGAAGGUGAUGGUGGUUAUAUUCCCCAAUUUAUUGAGAUUCAAGAGGAGGAUACCAACCGCUUCCUCGAAGGACAGCGAACGUUCAGAUCCUUGGUCGCUUUACAGGGAUUUAUACGAUUGCUCUCGGACGUGUAUUGUACCCACACGCUCUCACACAGUAAAAGCGUGGGAGCGGUUAUCCAAACCUUUACAGGAGACGUUGGGGAAACGCUGAUUGCACAAUUUGGGGCGAUCUACCGCACUUGUGUAUGGGAGAAUAUUGUGCUGAAGAGCACGGUACCAAUACAAUGGUACCAAUCCGCAGAUAAGAAGUCUCCGGAUAGUCGAAGCGCUGGUGCGAUUCGAGAAUCAUCGCUAUUGGAUGUGGACGUUUUGGAUUCUGUACUCGAGAAUAGUCCUGGAUCCACCGCCGCGAACUCAGAGGAAAGCGUGAAUGAGAAAGAUCCAAGGGUCAAGAAUACGCGCUAUUUCCGUCAUCUUCUCAGUCAAAUACCGACUGUUUUGACCCCAACCUUGCAAGGUAUCCUGAAACUGCUUACAGCGCGCCGAAUUUCGGAACCAAAUAAUCGGAAGGCUAGCCAGAAGAUAGUUGAUGAUAUUGCGGUACUCCUCCGGGACAACUUGACGUGGGAGAGACCUGCUCAGAAUAGUACCGUCAACAAGUACAGCUAUCUUGCUGUGGUACUUGCUCUGUUGUCGGUCAUGUUUGUUGAAGAGAGAAGUGGCCUCGCUUUGCAGACGCAUCUUGUUCUGUCCUUUCACAAGCGUAACGGCAGCGCACGCGUCUUAGAGGUUUUGCAGGCUCUUUGGGACGAUGCAGAACGCGUGAGUCUCCGCGACGACCUGGAGCAAAAUGCUGAAGCCAAACAGCUACUCGGAAGGAUUCAUGGCGCUUUGGAAUUAUCCAUAAACGUUCUGCAGACCUUAUGUAACAGUAAGUUAUUGCACGAUUCACCGCUCACUGCUAGUUUGGUCGGUCGUGAGAAAGACAAGACGUCCACCGACUAUUUCGAUCCACACGAGUUUGUUGUCGAAAUGCGAAGCUACAUCGCGCCAAUUAUGCUGAGAUUGUGGCGGAGUCCAUAUCUGACGCGCGCUCCAGGGAAUGUAGUAAAAUCGGUCCUUGGGGUUAUAACGCAUCUGGUGAAGGCGGAAGGAGAGAUGACCAAUAAAGGAGACAUUAACGCUCCUACCCUGGGAAAUAUUGCGGCGUCCAUCUUCAAUCGCUCGCCAACAGUCGUCGCGGAUGAGGACAAAGUACAACAAUUGGUGGAUAUGGGAUUUCCUAGAGCCGCAGCUGAAACUGCAUUGGUCCGUUGUGGAAAUCACGUGGCCAGAGCGGCGGAGUAUCUCCUCAAUCACCCAAACGUUGUGGCGGCCGCCUCUUACUCUGCAGCAGCCGAUGCGUCUGGAGAAGGGGCCUCUGGCGCGUCGCAGGAGACCUCUACCGACGCCGCAAGGCAGCCGAAUCAUUCGGCGGAUACACCCACCGAUGCUGAAGGUGGCAUCAGCAUCCCUCAAGGAAACCCAUCGGUAACGGAAAAUCAUGCAAACAAUAAUACAGCCGUCGUGUCUGAGGAAGACCCUGAGCUAGCCGCAGCAUUGGCUUUGUCCAUGGGCACCACCAGUAAUUCCGCGAACCUCCCGGCAGCAGUGGUCGACCAGCGAAAUGAUAACGAAUCUGCCGAUAUGGAUGUGGAUCCCCCCGCUGAUUUCCCCACUGAGGAGAAAGGCUCAAAACAAAAAGGCAAAGCUCUGAACAGUCAGCCGUCUUUGGAAGUCAUCCGAAAUGAACUGAAAGCUGAGAUUCCGCGCCGGGGUGUCGAACUACUGGAUUAUGUGGAAGAGGUGAUUUUCUACGUAAAAGACCUGUUGUGCUUCGUAGGGAAGGAUGACAUGCCAGCGCUAGUGCGCAGUCUAGUGUCUGACAUCGAAGUGUACCGCGUAAAGGUCACUGCCAACCUGGAAACUGCCGCAAAGGGCCUCGCCGUUCGUCUCCGUCUGUUUGCCCUCAUUGUGAGUGAUAUGAGCUGGCAGCGGACUGCCAUUGAAGCAUCAAAGGAAUUGAUCGGCAACCUCUUGACAAUGACCGAGUCUGACGGUACUCAUUCACCGUGGCUGCCCUCCGUGUUACUGAUUCUGGAGGCCUAUGUAUCACUCACGGAUGAGCCGGUGCAGACGAAGUUGCAGAACGACGGUGAUGCGCUAGAUGCGGAAGCUAGUGGAACGCUAAAUCCUUUGACUCAGCAAGAGCGGAUUCGGCUUAUGGAGACGUUGGUGUCCCUACUGAAGUUGGAGACCGUAGACAAGGAGAUGCUUCAUGCUAUUUUACGCCUCAGUGUUCGCCUCACUCGCUCGCAUGCUGUGGCGAUUGAAUUUGCCCGCUUAGGUGGCGUGCCACUAUUGUUCAAUCCUGCUAGAAUUGGUCUCUACCAUGCGCAGCCUGCUAUGACAGUCAUGAUUCUUCGGCACAUCAUUGAAGAUGCCAUAGUGCUUAAGUCUACGAUGGAGAGGGAAAUCACUCAUUGGCUCAGCUAUCCCCGUCAGAGGGUGGUGGACGUUGGCACCUUUGUGAAGAACUGUAGCCAUAUAGUCAGCCGGAGUCCGGAAACAUUUAUUGAUGCAGUGACUGCAAAUUGCCAGUUGACCAGAUAUGAUGCCUCGGCACGACACCAACAAAUCACGCUGAAGUCAAAGGAAGGUGUUGCAAAAGAGGGUCAUAAAGACGAGGCCCAUUCGGACGGUAGCAAACUAGCACCAGAGCAAGCAAUGGACAUCGAUAGCCCGUUUAACGCGGAACUCACCAGUGGCUCUACUUCUGGGCCAUCGAAUAAUGCUGAACCCGUGGAUAGUUCUUAUUUGUCCGACGUGUCAGAAGGUGUAGUUCAGUUCCUUGUUACGGAACUGCUGGCGAUCAAAAAUGCCCCGAUUCUGAUGUCAAGCGACAGUACGGUUGCUCAUGAGCAAGACAAAGUACGAUCUGUCGCGGAGCAGAACCAGGAGGAUUCAAAGAACGGAGCUCAGAACGUUCUCUCGAUGCAACAACAACAGCUCACGCACAUGCGGAGAUGUUUCUUGCUACAGUGUCUGGCGGAGCUAGUGGUCGCGUACCCGACUUGCAAAGUGGAUGUGAUAACUGUCUCGCAGAAGCGUGCGAAAGGGACACCCCUUAAAGGCACAAUUGGUCGCAAUCCUUUUUUGAAUCAUUUAGUAUAUGAUUUACUUCCUCAUGGUUCCCUCCAGGCUCCACCCCUGAGCGCACAGACCGCAGAUUCAGAGCUGCAGAGGAAGUUAGUCGAGAGUAAUUGGACAACUAGUCUCAUAUCAGGUCUAUGUCUUGGUGUAACUGCCGACUUUUCAACGGAGAAGAAGCUUUACCCUGACCUUGCGAAUGUACGACGAUGUGUAUUGGAUGUUAUAUGGCGGAGCUUGCGCGAUGCGGUCACGCAUGUAGAGGACGGAACAGAGAUACGCUAUGCCAGGUUUUUAGCUAUUGCGGACCUGUGCUUCAAGAUAUUAACCGCGAGAGGUCCAACAAGCUCAGUUCCCAGCGCUGCCUCCACUGGAAUCGACGAUAUCCCAACCAACUACUCACGGAUGAUGCUAGAAAAGGGAUUUGUGAACUUACUGACCCAAGCUUUAGCCGAGGUCGAUGUACACCAUCCGGAAAGCACAACACUCAUCAGCGCAAUCCUUAAACCACUGGAGUUUCUGACAAAGGUUGCGAUUCGAUUGGGGAAGGCAAACGAAGUACGGGCCACAGGAACUAAGAUUGAUUCGACCGUUACUCCUGCUCAUAACGGCAUUAGUGCGAUAGAUGAAGGAAAUACGGAGCUAUCGGAUUUAUACCGUAAUUCAGCACUGGGAAUGUAUCAUGCCCCUAGCAGUGAUGAGGAGGCAGGGGAAAGCACUACCGAGGAGUCUGAAGACGAUGACGCCUAUGACGAGUUUUCCGAUGAAGAAAUGAGUGAUGCAGAAGAGGAUGAGGAUGAGGAGGAUUCGGAUGUCGACGAUGAUAUGGAAAUUGUAGUCCCGCAGCCGUAUCAAGGCAAUCCGGACCCGUCAAGCGAUGAUGAUGAUGAAGAGGACGACGACGAAGAUUUGAUUGGUGAUGAAACGCCGGAACAUGACGAUGAUGAUGACGGUGAUGGGAACUCUGAUGCGGAUAUGUCCUGGGAGGAUGGGCACACCGACUAUCAUGACAUCAAUGAGGAUCCAAGUGCAGCAGUGGAAAUCGGUAACAAUACGGAGGAUAUGGAGGUUGUGGUGAUGGAUGAGGGCCCUGAUGGCUCCGAUGUUGGUGAAGGUGAACAACCAGAAUCCGAUGGGGACAUUGAAGAUGCCAUUGAAGAUGAUGAGGACGAUUCUGAAGAAGAUGGGCGUGGAGACAUAGUUGAUAUGUAUGAAGAAGACUUGAUUGACGGCGAAGACGACGAGGCAUUCUUACCCGUCGGAGCACCGGGGCGUCUACCCUUCCCGCGAUUUGGGUUCUUCGGUGGACCUCGAGGGGCAAGAACGAGAAGAAUUGCCCGGCGACAAGUCAUGGAAGUAGAUAUGAAUCCUGCCGGUGGACUCGAUAUCACAUGGGUGGCUGAUGACGGUGGACCUGGAUACAGUAAUGUCGGUGACUUCCCGGUACUAGGAAGACCACUGGGAAUGCGACCGCAGACUAUGAACGAAGAUAUUCUGUCACAUCCAUUACUGGUCAAUCAAGGCCCUCCUUCCAAUCGAGGAGACUCUCGAGGAGGAGAUUUGCACCAUCGUGCACGGGGCCAGCCUGGAGUCCGCACGGGCGAUAUUCUAGAUUGGCAGGCAUUUGAUGACCUAAUUGGGGGUAAUGCUUUGCAGAUUUUAGAACACUUGUUUUCCAGGUCUGGUGGCCGUGGUGCCGCCCAUUAUCGCGUUGAAUUGGGCAUGCCAGAUUCCGGAGUAGGCGUUGCGCCUGGAGGUCUUGCUGGUGUUCCCGCCUCUAGUCGAAGGGAAUCGACCUCUGGGACGGGUGGUACGGCCGAAACUGGAUCAACAAGUCAGAAUGUAUCACAUCGUACCGAGUUGGACGAACAACUUGCAGUGAUCCAUGCAUUCGCACCGCUGGGUACAGCGGAAAGAUGGUUCCAAGAAGCUCGCUUGAUGUAUGGCAAUUCAGUGCAAGAAAAGGCCGCACGGGUGGUAAAUGCCGUCUUAAACGCGAUGAUACCUGCAGCGAUAGAGGAAGCCAAACUACGGAAAGAGCGAGAGGACACCGAAAGGAAACUGAGAGAAGAAGAAGAGGAAAGAAAACGCGAGGAAGAAGAACGGCGGGGGAAAGAACAGCAGAGAAGUCUGGAGGAGGGCAGAAAUACGUUACAUGAACAAGAGGCAGGAGAAAUCUCUGGAGCGCCCAUUAUCCCGGCAGAAGAGGACAGUACAAACACAUCGUCUGCACAACCUAUGGAAUCGGAAUCAAUACCAGAAGGGGAUACCGCUUCAACGGACAGAAUAAUAGUAACGGUCAAUGGUAGUCCGGUUGAUAUUACAGGUUCCGGUAUUGAUGUCACUUUUCUGGAAGCUUUACCUGAUGAUUUGCGUCAAGAGGUAAUCAAUCAGCACUUGCGUGAACAACAGCGAGGCCAGCAGGCGACCGUUCCACCUCCGGCGAUAAGCACGGAAUUUCUUGAUGCUUUGCCGGCAGACAUCCGUGAGGAGGUGCUUCAACAGGAACGCCGCGAACAGGAACGCAGGACGAGAGCUACCCGGCCUGCAGUUGCUGGCGUUGCAGAAACCGGACCUGUGGAGCUGGAUCCAGCUAGCUUCUUGGCUACUUUAGAUCCUCAAUUGAGACAAACGGUACUAUUAGAGCAGGAUGAUGGAUUUUUAGCAACCCUUCCUCCAGCCCUUGUGGCGGAAGCAAAUGCGUUCAGGUCUCAACGGACUCGUGGACGCUACGCCACCUCGCUUUAUGGCCGUGCUCCUGGGUCAAAUCUGCUAUCGGAAUCUCAACCACCAGCAAGCUCUGCUACGAAACGCUCUGUAUCUCGCGAAGCAGUACAUCUACUGGAUAAACCAGCUUUGAUGACGUUGAUUCGCUUAUUGUUCCUUCCAGAGCCUGUCGGGAAACCCCUGCUCCACAGAGCACUCGUAAACCUCUGUGAAAACACGAAGACGCGCGGGGAACUUGUCUCUCUACUGCUUUCUAUUUUGGCAGACGGGAGUGCGGAUUUAGCAAAUGUGGAUAAGAGCUUCGCCCAGCUUUCGUUAAAAGGGAAGAGCAAACACAGUGUAACACCUCGGAAAGGGACAGCCGUCGGGUUGCACCAGCAGCCCAACAACGUACCUAACCUUGUAGCUCAAAGGUGUCUAGAGACAAUAUUUCAACUGGUCACCUACAACGAACAAGUAGCGCGUCUGUUUCUGGUUGAGAACGAUCAGAUCGGAGUCAACUUGUUCAAAACCCCAAAAAGGCCGAAAGGCAAAGACAAAGCAGGCGAUAUGAAAUACCCAGUGGUGAUUCUCCUGAGUUUACUACAACGACCGGCAUUUCUGGAUUGUUCCGUUCUCAUGGAGCAAUUGAUGCACAUUCUGUCGAGUGUGCUGCGGCGGUUAUCGAUGGUAGGGACUAGGUCCAAAGAUGGGAACCAGAAGGGAACGAUAGAACCGUCGUCUGAGGGCCGAAUGGAUUCGACAACGGACAAUAUCACUGAACAUGUAUCGUCGAAUGUAGGAGCGUCUGGGGAAAUGCGCGCUGAGCAACCUCAAACCGCUCAAAUCCCUCAAACACCGAAAAAAGCGGCCAAUACUGGCAAUGCAGACAAGGCUCCUGUUAUACCGGAUCAAUACGUGUCGGCUGUUGUGAAUGUUCUCACGGCCGGUGUUUGUUCAGGAAAAACAUUUCAAUACACGCUGUCUGUCAUUCAACAUCUCUCGACACUAGCAAACAAUCGCGAAACAAUUACUCGUGAAUUGGCAGAUUCCGCUCAGCGACUCGGCAAUUCCAUGAUCCCCGAUCUGGACGAACUCAUAGGUGUCCUGGAGUCAGCGAAGGAUCCAGUGGACGUUCAAAGCGUGACGUUGGGCAAGUUUUCUCCGUCGACUGCACAGCAGGCGAAGUUGCUCAGGGUAUUGAAGACGAUAGAUUUCAUCCAUUCCAAAGCAAGUGUUUCCAAUGACAAGCGAACCGAUGCAUCCCCAAGUGCGCGGGAUGAUGCACUUUCAGCACUAGAACACCAAACAUCUUCUGCUGCUAGCAGGACAGGAAAUGAUGAUGGACCAGAAGCCAAGCUAUCCACUAUAUAUGACAAGCUUCAAAUGUCGAAAUUGUGGCAACGGCUUGGAAUGUGCCUCACCAUCAUCAACGAAAAGGAUGCUUUGAUACACGUCGCCACAGUCUUGCUACCUGCCAUCGAAUCGUUUUUGGUAGUUUCAAAACCUUACGUGCUGCGUCGGCGCACAUCUACUUCUGGACAGAUCCCCGCAAUUCCAACAUUGCCAAGAGUUGCGGCCAGACAUAGCGCUGAGUAUGAUGCGAAAAAUAACGAAGAACUUUUUGUCGCGUUCACGGAUGAACACCGAAAGAUUUUGAACACAAUGGUCCGCAACAGCCCAUCUCUCAUGAGUGGAUCAUUUUCGCUAUUGGUUCAGAACCCAAAGAUUUUGGAAUUCGACAACAAGCGGACGUAUUUCAAUCAGCAACUGCACAAACGAACCAGUCGGGAUCAUUACGGAUCGCUACAGAUCAACGUUCGAAGGCAGUACGUCUUUGAAGAUUCGUACCACCAACUGCAAGGUCGUUCUGGCGAUGAAAUCAAAUUCAGCAAGUUGAAUGUUCGAUUUUACGACGAGGAAGGCGUUGACGCCGGGGGUGUAACAAGAGAGUGGUUCUCGGUCUUAGCCCGUCAAAUGUUUAAUCCAGACUAUGCCCUGUUCCGACCUUCAGCGGUUGAUAAAGUUACAUAUCAGCCCAAUCGCUUGUCGUAUAUCAACCCUGAUCACCUUCUGUAUUUCAAGUUCGUUGGACGGAUUAUCGGGAAAGCCAUUUACGAUGGACGCCUCCUCGAUGCAUACUUUACGCGAUCAUUCUAUAAGUCGAUGAUUGAGGUUCCAGUGGACUACAAAGACAUGGAAGCGGUGGAUCCGGAAUAUCAUAAGAGUUUGGAAUGGAUAUUACAGAAUGAUAAUGUAGAGGUUCUCGACCUCACUUUCAGUACGGAAAUUGAUGAGUUCGGUAAGAAGCAGACGAUCGAUCUGAAGCCGAACGGGCGCGAUAUACAAGUAACCGAAGAAAACAAACACGAAUACGUCAAAUUGGUUGUGGAACAGCGUCUUAUGACUGCCAUUCGGGCGCAGAUCGAUGCGUUCCUAAGUGGGUUCCAUGAUAUCAUUCCAAAAGACCUUGUUAAGAUUUUCAACGAGCAAGAAUUGGAAUUGCUCAUUUCCGGUAUGCCUGAUAUUGAUAUCGACGACUGGAAAAACAACACCGAAUAUCAGAAUUACACGUCCUCAAGCCCCCAAGUGCAAUGGUUUUGGCGGGCGGUUCGCAGCUUUAGUCAAGAAGAACGGGCAAAGUUGGUACAGUUCGCAACUGGUACCAGUAAGGUUCCACUAGAAGGUUUUGCCCAACUACAAGGAGCCAAUGGGGUGCAAAAGUUCCAAAUCCACAAGGACUUUUCUUCGGCAGACAGACUGCCGAGCGCACAUACAUGCUUCAAUCAACUGGAUUUGCCUCAAUAUGAAUCGUACGAGCAGUUAAGGUCGAAUUUGCUGUUAGCAAUAUCUGAAGGUGGAACAGGGUUUGGAUUUGCUUGAUGGACGAGUUGGACGUAGUGGUUUCCAUUAUAUAGCAUAGGUCUGCUUAUUACUUUGUAUAAUAGGAAUUGAAAUCUGGAGCAUAUGCUAUUCUUAUCCUACUCGAUACAUGUAGGCAAGAUACUGACAACUCCAGUACGCUAUUUACAUGCGC